UUGAUCAGUUUUCCCUCUUUUCUUGCGCCGCUCCGGCAACUUCCACCGUGAUCCAUAUUAUUCUUAUCCACAGUCCCAAGGUGUGUGUCUUUUGGGCCCAAUAAUGGAUGCCCGGCUCGCCGCAUCGGGCCGUUCAAGUCGCAAUGGUUGAACUAAUGACAAUAAUUAGUCUAGUCCUGUUGGCUUCUUGCUUUCCCCACUCCUUAAGGGAACAACCGCCGUUUUCCCACCCGGCCGAUAGAUAUUUAGCAAACGGGACCGGGGAGAAACAGCGCUCAGGAACACUUGAGAUGCUAGGAAGAGCCGUUGGCGCUGCUUCUCCAGAUCCCAGAUUCUAGAUACCCUGGCUGGCUAUGAGGUAGAAUCUAGUUAUGUCCAGCAAACCCUCGUGCUGAGCCAUCUACACUGGAGCACAGUUUCACCGACAUAA